UCCAUUCGUGGGUUGCCCGUGCUCAAGACGAACGGAUGGACGAAAGCAUUUAAGCGGCUCGUUGAGGCACAGCGCCAACUUAGAUCGAACGUGGGUACAGCGUGGUACGGUGGUGUUUAGAAUUUCGCUCCGCCACUUUCGAGACACGGUGGCGAUCGACACCGGCAGGCCAGUAAGCGAUCGACAAGAAGCGAGGCAAGUGUUUUUUCUGCAAACCGAUUCCGUUACUGGCUAGGAAAAGUGAUUUAAUUUCUGGGCAGCAUUAUAAAAAUGGUGUACAUGUAUCAGUGUGCGUUGUCUGUGGUGCAGUGUGUUUGUGAGCAAAUUUGUCCCAGUUCCCUAUUCCGGAACGGUUUUGCAGUAAAAUGAACCCAGCCGCAAUUGCGCACGGUGGAAUGCAACCGAUAAUUGAGGAAUAUUUUAAACUGAUUCCAUUCUAGCGAGCGAACGAACAGAACAAGCUAGUACUAAGCUAAGCACCUUACAAAUCUCUUCCCAACAUUCGUUCAUGGCUGUGAUAAAACGUUGAAAAAGCAAAAACGCCUCGCGUAUACACCCCGGUCUUGUCAUUCCACCGAACGAACGACAAAGCAGAAAACUUUGUGCAAGUAAAAUAGUGCUGUGAGUAAAAUUAAGUUGCAGUUCGCAGUUGUGGCUUCGAGUAUUAUACGCAUCAUCAGGCCAGAUAUUAUAUGUGUGUGGUCGCUGUAACGCGCGACGUGAUAUUGAACUAUUCCCAGACGCCAAAAUGACGGGGAAAGACUCGGUGGUGCUGGUGGACAAAGAGACGACGCCGCAAAUUAUGGCCACCGGUGAGAAGGGUGUGACGCUGGCCACCGUUGAGAGUCAACCGAACAAAGCGGCCGAGCGUGGCAAGGCCAUGCGCCAGGUGAUAGCGGCAUUCGUGGCCAACAUCGGUACGAUCAACACCGGUCUCAUCUUUGGCUUCUCGGCCGUGGUAAUUCCGCAGCUGCAGGCGUCGGAUUCGCUUAUCCCGGUCGAUGAAAGCCAAUCGUCAUGGGUCGCGUCCUUAUCAGCUAUUGGAACCCCGAUCGGAUGUCUGCUGAGCGGCUACGUGAUGGACAACUUCGGACGCAAGAGGGCACUGAUAGCAACGCAGAUUCCGACGAUCAUUGGCUGGAUCGUAAUCGCUUGUGCGUCAAACGUGGGGAUGAUCUACGCUGGCCGCGUCCUGACCGGCUUCGGUUCGGGUAUGGUUGGUGCCCCGGCCCGUGUCUAUACGUCGGAAGUAACUCAGCCACAUCUGCGCGGUAUGCUCUGUGCUCUCGCUUCGACCGGCAUCAGCUUGGGUGUGCUGAUCCAAUACACGCUGGGUGCGUUCACGACUUGGAAGUUCCUGUCUGGCGUAUCGAUAAUCGUCCCGGUAGCCGCCCUCAUAUGCAUGCUGCUUAUGCCCGAAACUCCCAACUAUCUCGUGUCGAAGCAGAAGCCCGAAAAAGCACGCAGGAGUCUGGCACGAUUGCGCGGUUCGAGCUACAACAUCGAUCGUGAGGUCGAACAGUUGCAAUCGUUCGCUGCCAAGACAAACGCAAGUGGCAAGAAGAAGCUUAGCUUGCGUGAAACGAUUCAGGCACUAGUACAUCCGUCCUGUCUGAAACCAUUCGCCAUCCUGACGAUCUACUUCAUGAUGUAUCAAUUCAGUGGCGUCAACACGAUCACGUUCUAUGCGGUAGAAAUCUUCCGAGACUCGGGCACCAAGAUGGAUAAGAAUACCUGCACCAUCCUGCUGGGCGUUGUACGGCUUAUUUUCACUAUAAUUGGUGCUAUUCUGUUGCGUCGUUGUGGCCGACGUCCACUGACGUUCAUUUCCGGCAUCGGAUGUGGUUUCACAAUGGUUGGCCUUGGUGUGUAUCUGAAAUUCAAACACGAGUGGGAUCUGGCUGAUCCUCCGAUUGAACCCACUGCCACGUGGUUCCCGGUCGCUUGCAUCUUCAUCUUCAUUAUCACCUGCACGGUCGGCUUUCUGGUCGUACCGUGGGUCAUGAUCGGUGAGCUGUACCCGAUGAAGGUGCGCGGUUUGGUUGGCGGUUUCACGACCUGCAUGGCACACAGCUUCGUGUUCAUCGUUGUCAAAACAUAUCCUUUCCUGACGCACGUGCUAGAACGCCACGGUACCUUCAUCCUGUACGGAUGCUUUUCCUUCGCCGGUACUGUCUUCUUCUAUCUUUGCUUGCCGGAAACAAAGGGAAAAUCAUUGCAAGAGAUUGAAGACUACUUCUCAGGCCGCACCAAGACGCUUAAGAAAUCGAAACCGGAUAGCAACGAUCAGCAAGAUGGUCAGCAGCUUCUUGCCAACGGUACUAAACCAUCAGUGCUUUCACCUCAAAAGAACACAUUGCUUCCGUAACAGAGUAUGAAAUGUGUCGUCCAGCCGGUGCUUAGAGACAGAUCUGCCCUCAAACACAGUUAAAGCACCAGCACCGGCUGUUGUUCCUAAGUCACUAAUUUUCUUAAGAUUCUUUUCUGUAAUAAGAAGUUUACGUACAUUCUGCAGAACAGGCAAUUGCUAGUUGACACGUUUGAAUGGAGAAACCGAACUUUAUCGAUAGGAUAUUUUAUCUUCCGUAUAUUUUACCCAGUCAGACACUAAGUAUUAUUAGUAACACAUAUGCGGUAGGAGAAGAGUUUAGUUAGGAUGUAUAAUUUAUAAGAAAAACGAACGAUCCAAAACGGGUAGACGAACGAGAUGAUGGAAAACUGCGUCCGAAACUCUACUCACAAGGACCAACCAUAAAGGGGGAAAAUCAGAUAAAUUGAUAGACAUUGAUAGAUACGGUCAAAUCGACAUAAAAAUGCUGCAAAUGAUAUCUUCAAACUAUAUAUAGAAACAUUCGCCAGAAGUGCCUGAAAUCUGAAGGGGAGCUGAAAAGUAGAUGUUGCAUCUCGUAGUCUUCACAAAAAGACAUGGACAGUACUCGGUCGUUACAAACGCACAUCAAGCCUGUUGUAGUACUUAAGGAAUAGUUUUAGAAAAACCAACUAGGCAAGCUCAUACAUAGUAUACAUCACAAACGAAAGCGCAAUCAAUCAAAUGGCAAUGAGAUUGCACUGAUUCCCUGUGAAACGUUUCAUAUGUACACGACCAAACAAUAAAACACCAAUUAUUCAAUUAAA